AUGAAAUUAUUGAAAAUUAAUGUCAUUUUGAGAUGUGAACGGCUAUCUGGGACAAAGAUGGCAAAAAAAUAUGGAAACAUCUACAGUAUAUUCCUGGGAAAUAAAUUAAUAGUUGUGCUAAAUGGAUUCCAAGCUGUGAAAGAAGCCUUGGUGAAUCAUGCAGCUGAAUUUUCAGACAGACCAGAAGAUGCUGUGUUUCUAAAAAUGAAUAAAAACAAAGGUAUUAACACGGUUCCAUAUGGACAGCCCUGGAAGGAACAAAGAAGAUUUACCCUCACGUUACUAAGAAAUUUUGGUCUUGGCAAAAGAUCAAUGGAAAACAGGAUUCUGGAAGAGGCAACAUUUUUAGUUAAAUAUUUUGAAGAGCAGAAUGGUUGUCAGUUUGAUCCAACAGUGGUAAUCAGCAAUGCUGUGUCCAACGUUAUCUGUUCCAUUUUAUUUUCUCAAAGAUUUGACUACCAUGAUAACACAUUUAGAAGGCGACUUGAAUGCAUUUGUGAAAUUGUAAGCCUCAUUGGUGGAUUCUGGGGAGAGCUUUACAACACAGUGCCCAUUCUAAGACGGCUUCCACUUCCUUUUCAAAAAGUAUUCAGUUAUACUUGUGAAACUCAAGGUUUUCUGAAGAAUAUCAUAGAGGAACACAAAAAGACUUUAACAGCAGGAGAACACAAAGACUUCGUGGACUGUUACUUAGAAGAAAUUAAUAAAGUAAGACAUAUGUCUAUAAAAUGUACUGCGUUGUGAUUUCACAUAAAACUCAUUCUACUAAUUUUAAAUAAGGUGUAAUUAUUAUUUCCAGGACUGCAGGCAUUAAAUAUCAUGAUAAACUGUUUUUUAUUCACACCAGAAUUUAGUUAUGUACUACUUUAGUGCUGCCUGUGACAUUUGUACAAAAAUAUUUAAAUAUGUAAAUAUGUGUAUUACAAAAGUAAAAUGUAUAAUGUCAUAAAUACAACUGAAGAGUAAGUAAAACAAUGUUGCUUUAAAGAUAUAAUAAGUUACUAACACUAAUGGAGUAGUUGUCAUUUUCAAAUGUUUUAUUGUUUAACACCUGGUUUAUUGGACUGCUCAAACCAUUCACAAAAGAAUCUGCAAAAUUAAAGUUAUCACAGUCAUGUAUUGAGGAAAUGUGAAAACACUGUGUGAAAUGUUGAAAUGCUAAGCAUGUUAGAAGGCAAUAUCCAGAAGAUGAACUUUAUGCUUAUUACUUUGUCAUCAAACAAUACAGUAGAGUAAUUUAGGUAGAAAGGGAGGUAUCAGGCCCAGAUGAGUGAAAUUGCAAAAAGAGAUGCAUUGCAGACAUUAAAUUAAAAUAGCCAGAUACUCUUGUACUCAAGAAAGGAUAUUUUUUAAUCUUUUUUUUUUUGAAAAAUGCAGUUGCAAAUGAAAGCAGACAAUUCCUAUUCCCCAAAGGGUUUAUUAAAAUAAA